AAUUUUAUAAUAAUAUUUUGGUUAAGAUAACUAAGGAUGAGUCCGUAGAUAAGGAGCUUAAGGAGUUGAUCCUUGUGCACGUGGCGGAGGGUGAUAGGGCUGGCUCGCAUAUGUGUUUCGUUUUGGAAAAAAAAAAUUCAUUCAACCGAAGGCGGAGAAAAAAAAAACAAAGCUCUCGACGAAAAGGCGAUAUCUUCGAUCGUGUUCUUCCACGAAGAUCCAAGGUCAAACAACCAUGGGACAAGACUAUAGCUACAGCCAGCCUUCUUCAUCGUCGGAGUUUGACAUGACCUCCCUACUCUUAGCAGAAGCUGAAGCCUACGCGGAUGAAGCUGAGAGUAGCUACCCAAUUGAAGAGCCGGUUCAGUACCCAGUGCAACCUGAGGCAGAUGAAGGCAUCCCGACGACAUGCUAUUGUGGUGCUGAGCCAGUUGUUGAAACUUCGUACACUCGUAGAGAUCCAGGCAGAAGGUACUUCUCGUGCGUCAACGUUGACGAUGGAGACUGUCACAUUUGGAAGUGGUGGGAUGUGGCGAUCAUGGAGGAGAUGCGUGACUUUCAGAGACAAAACAGGCUGCUCAAGAAUCAAUUCUUUGAGACUGACCAGAAGGUGGCAAAGCUAGAGAAGACGGUGGGUUUGUUACGUAAGAAGAAUUCAGGGGUUGCAAAGGGAGUUUGUCUAUUGGUCAUGGUAAUAACGGUCAUGAUUUUGUGCUGGAAGAGCUUUGGAGGAUUUAAGCCACAACGUCUGAACUCGAGAUUGUCUUGCCAGGUACGGAAUGAUCUUCGUGAUAGGCAUAUGCAUGAACGAUUGAAGAAUGAUUUAAUCGAAAAUAUUUGGAACAAAUUUGGUGAUGAAGAUUAAUAAUUUGUGUAUCUUUUCCUUUCAUCAUUGUAUCUUUAUUUUUAGUUAUAAAAUUAAUAAAAUUUCAAUUUCAAUUUAAUUUUUUUUUUUUUUGGCUAAGGACUCCAUCUUCAGACACACCAUUGUACAAACAUUUUUUAUUCCAAUCCUUAACUAUUCAAAAAAAAAAAAAAAAAAACAAAUUAAAUAAAAUAAUGCUAAGGACUCAUUGGUGGAGCACACCAUUGCAUAUGCUCUUAUAUUUAGCACCGGUUCUGUCAUUUUAACUCAUUUUCCAUUUAUUUUUUUUGGUUUUUUUUUUUAGAACCUUUCAUUAAAACCUCCGAUGGAGGUGGUCUAAUAUUAUCAUUUUAAUUAAAACUAUUUAUUUUAUUUUAUGCUAACUGAAAACUUGGUAUGGUUUACAAGCCGAAAUCAGAUAAAACACCGGUUUCAUUGGGAGCUAAACCGAUUCACCGGCGAGAAAACUGAUCCAAAACUCCAAAGCCUGGACCGAACCAGCUGGUCGGAGUAUUGUCUUUUUUUUUUUAUGAUUCUCAUCUAGUGUUGUGACUUGUGAGCUACGAAUAGGCCUGUGUGAUCCCUUUUGUUUUUAAGCCCAAUAGUAUUCUUUCUUUUUGUUUAGUAGCUCAUAUAUGAACUAACUCCAAAGAGUGAUUUUGUCGAUCAUAAAAACUGGGGCCCAACUGCGAUAGCCAUUCUAUUCAACGAUGGAGAUGACCUUCCCCGCUGGCCGCUACUAUAACAUUACGGCUUAACCGGUGAAAUCUUCAGGUUCAUGCAAUUUACGGUUAGCAAAGUUUGCGGUGUAUCCAGUUAAUUUGGUUCUUGAAUCCUUUCCUAGUACCAAAGGGCCAUUCGGGACAUAGAUGCUGGCUGGCUCGGACAUCCAACAAACAAAGAUUAUAAUGCAUGAAAUAAUAUAAUGAAACAAACACCGAUCAAACAAAUUAAAAAAAAAGUAGACGAAUGAAUGGAGUCCCCAUGCAUGCACCAGCAUUAUUCAAAUGAUAAGUUGUUUUAUAUGAAUGGGCCACGUAGCUUUUAUCAAAGAGAUGGAAGAUGUCUGUAUAUAUAUAAUAAAUAGUCAAAGGUGUCACCAUUAACACAAAGUAAAAAGAGAGAGUGGUGGAUGGUCGUGGUCGGCACGAUACACCAAUGCAAGGGUGUAUUACGGUUGUCAUUUCUAUUCCCUUUGCUCUGAUUACAAAAUCAAAUAAUUAUUAUCCCAAACUUACUUAAUAAAAUGUAGUAAUUGAUAUAAAGACUAGGUAUAGACAUUGAUAUAUUAACUAUAGGUUAGAGAGUAAAUUAUAAGAGUGGACAUAUGUGUAUUUUUAUGAGAGAAAUGGUUGGAGAAGAGAAGAGGUCAAAAGAUAGAAGAAUGAGAAAUGUUUUCCCUCCAAGAAGGGAGGGCGUGUACAACUGCCCAAUGAAUGAUGAAACAAAAGACUUCCUCGGUUUACGCCCAACAUUUUCGCUUCACCUCUUCUCUCUCAAAACACCGUUGAACUCAUCAAAUCCAAAUCUCUCUCUCUCUCUCUCCUAACCCUUAAGAAAAUUUAACAAUUAUUAUUAUCAUCUUUCAUUCUCCAGAUCAAAAAUCAAGUGCUGCAUUUCAAUGGUGUGACCACUCGCAUUAUAUCAAAGCAAUGGCUAACAGAAACGGAGAAUCUUCUUCUUCACAGCCUCCUCAAUUCCAGCCACAACAACAGAAUGCUAAUGAACAAGACCCGGAACAUCAUUCUGGAAACGCAGACCCUCGUUCCCGUGGUGGCAACACGGUAUUCAAGAGUGGACCGCUAUAUAUAUCCUCAAAAGGGCUUGGGUGGACAUCUUGGAAGAAAAGAUGGUUUAUCUUGACUCGUACUUCACUGGUUUUCUUUCGAAGUGACCCGAGCGCAGUCCAACAGAGAGGAGGUGAGGUCAAUUUAACCCUUGGGGGAAUUGAUCUCAACAGUUCAGGCAGCGUGGUUGUUAAGGCAGAUAAAAAGCUCUUGACUGUUCUCUUCCCAGAUGGUCGUGAUGGACGUGCCUUCACACUCAAGGCUGACACUAUGGAGGAUCUACAUGAGUGGAAAGCUGCUCUAGAACACGCUUUGACACAAGCACCUAGUGCUUCUCAUGUUAUGGGUCAAAAUGGUAUCUUCAGGAAUGAUCAAUCAGAUGCCCCUGCCGGUGUUGAUGAACAUAGAGAUGAGGCACCAGCAAGACCAACCGUCCUUGGAAGACCAGUAUUACUUGCUCUAGAAGAUGUUGAUGGAACUCCAUCUUUCUUGGAAAAGGCACUUAGAUUUGUUGAAGAUCAUGGAGUCAAUACAGAAGGAAUCUUGAGACAAGCUGCUGAUGUUGAUGAUGUUGAACAUCGGAUUCGUGAAUAUGAGCAAGGGAAAAAUGAGUUCUCUCCAACCGAAGAUGCUCAUGUUAUUGCUGAUUGUCUUAAGUAUUUUCUCAGAGAGUUGCCUUCCUCUCCAGUACCUGCAUCUUGCUGCAACGCCCUUCUGGAAGCUUGCCGUACUCUCCGUGGUAAUAGAGUCAAUGCUAUGAGGGAAGCAAUUUGUGAAUCAUUCCCUGAACCAAAUAGACGCCUAUUACAAAGAAUCCUGAUGAUGAUGCAGCUAGUGGCCUCUAACAAAAAUGUGAACCGGAUGAACACCAACGCUGUUGCAGCUUGUAUGGCACCAUUACUACUUCGACCUCUUCUGGCUGGGGACUGUAACAUUGAAAAUGAUUUUGAUGUGGGCGGUGAUGGUUCUAUGCAACUUCUGCAAGCAGCUGCUGCAGCCAAUCAUGCUCAGGCUAUAGUGAUCACAUUGUUAGAAGAGUAUGAAAGCAUUUUUGGAGAAGGUUCCUUGUCAGCUGGUUUGUACUCUGACUCAGAAGAGAGUGGUAGUGAAACGGAGGAGGGAACAGAUGAUGGAGACUAUGAUGAUGAAGACUAUGACGGCACACAGGGAUCUGAUGACUACACUGAUGAGGAAGAGGGUUUUGAAAAUGAAUCUGAUAGAUCAUACAGUGAGAGUGAAGCCUCAGCCGAAACUCCCCAUGACCAUAAAGCACGGCCCUCUAUUCAGAUAACUGAAAUUACAAGCUCUGAAUCCACCCCAAAAGGAAGUACGCAGCCCAAAGUUCCUAAGAAGCUCUUAUCCAGCUCUAAACGGUCUUCACUACCACGGCAUGAGCAUGCAAGAAAGGAUGAGAAUAUUUUGGUUAAAGGUUCUGAUAGUGCACAGGUAAAGGCUGUGUUAGGGGUCUCAAAAGCUGAGGAUAAGAACUCAUCAACUACAUUAUCAAGUGCACCAGGAGGAAGUAAAAGGCUCUGGGGCCGUGCCCAUGGGAGGAAGAACCUUUCUAUGGAAUCUAUUGAUUUCACACUGGAGGUAGACGAGGACGAUGCUGACAUUGAAAGACUUGAAUCAACCAAAUCGGAGCUACAAAACAGAAUUGCAGAUGAAGUUAAGAACAAUGCAGUUCUACAGGCUAGUUUGGAGCGGCGGAAGAAGGCCUUGUACGUGAGGCGCCAAGCUCUAGAGAAUGAUGUGGAAAGACUACAAGAACAGUUGCAGCAAGAGAUAGACAGGAAGUCAGCUCUUGAAUCAGGACUUAACAUGUCCAAAGGGAAUCAAACUAUUCCAGAAACAACCGAUGAAAAGUUGAAGAAAGAUCUGCAAGAAGUAGCUCAGGCGGAGGCUGAUAUUGUCAACUUGGAACAUAAGGUUGAUGAUCUUGAGAAUAGGCUUGGUCAGCAAGACGUUAAAGGCUCUGGUUCACCGCAUGGUGGCAGCAGAGAAUCUAGGAGAAGUCCAGAGCACAAUUCAAAGAUGAAAGAGAAACAAAAGGAUACCGAAGCAGCCUCUGGUAACGUUUUACAGGAUGGGCAAGGGUCUGCAAGAGAAAAUGAGAUAGAGAAAAUACAAGAUCCACGUAGCAAAAGCUCGCAACAAACCUCAAAGGUUGCGGGCAUGUCUAAGAGGUCUGGCACAAAGGGAGAGGGAAACACAACAACAACAACUUCUGCACUUUCCAAAUUGACAAUGCGGCUCAAUUUCUUGAAAGAGAGACGGAGUCAGAUCGCUAACGAGCUCUCAAACAUGGAUAAAGGGAAAAGCAGCUCAGGGCAACCCAGUCCUUCUACGGAGCAAAACCGAAGUGUGCAGGAAACUGAAAGAGAAACAGGGUCGAAGUCGAACCAGAACCAGGAUUCAGACAGCAGCAAACUCCAAAGCCCGCAUGUUCUUGACAGAGGAAGAUCAGACAACGGAGGGGACAGAGGCAAAGGAGGAAACCAACCCAGCACUACACCUAGGACCUUGUCCAGAUGAUGAUCUCUUUAUAAGAGCUGCUUUUAACCCCAACUUCCCCACAUGUACAGCCACCAUUUAACUCCAGUUCCAUUUAUAUGCCUUAUUCAUUCACUUCUCUUUGCUUCCAAGACCAAAUAAACUACACUUUUUGUUCGUGUGUUCUUGACUGUUUGCUUGUUAUAUUGUUUUGGUAGUGACAUUGACAUCAGUAUAGAAACAAAAAGUUGAACUGUAUGAAAACAACAAUGCUUGAACAAAAAGGAAUAAACCAAUAUAAGUAAUCAUUCUUAUCAAUGCUAGUAAUCAUCUUAAAGAAUAAAAUGGAAUUGAUCAAAAAUCACGAAGCAGCUUCUUGACUUGCUCCAACGUAACAAAGAGCACAACAGUGAAAGGCCCUUGCCUACACCGCGUGAGUCCCCAGCCCAUCUCUCAUCACGCCGCUCUCCACUAACUUUACCAUUUGUUCUUCAGCACCUCGUAAAGACCCGUCCUUGUGGUGGAGUAAAGCGUAUGACGGAGAAGGGUUGCGGAGACGCCGGAUAAUAGCGCGGCGGCGCCUUCCGUUUUGACGAGACUGACGCCGAGAGAAACGGUGGAGACCGAGAGAGUGAGUUUGAUGAGACCGAGAGAGUGAGUUUGAGCAGCCGGCGGCUACAGAGGCGAUCCUCCACCUUCCACGAAGCUUUUGACGCCCAUUGUUGCCGUAAAGGUGGAAACUUUAUGAAAAGCUGAAGGAGUAGAGAGAAUCUGAGAGAUGUGUGUGGAGAAGAUGAAGAGAGGGGAUGGAAAAGAGUUUUGAGACGAUUGCUUGCUUUUGGGCUUAAUACAAGAAUAAUUGGGCUUCUUAAUUAUUCUAAAAAGUUUUCGUGGAAAAAUACAUUCGUCGCCUGAGAGAUUCGAACUCUCGCGGGGAAACCCCAUGUACUUAGCAGGCACACGCCUUAACCACUCGGCCAAAGCGACUUUUGCUUAAGAGGUAAUAAACAACAUUAGAGUACAUUCGGCGUAGCUUAUCUAGUUAGGUCGGAAGACCAAUUCACUUCUGUAUUUUUCUUAGAACUCUGAAAUAAAUGAAUAAAUCUUUUCACUGUAUUCCUCUGUUGGAAAGGACGACAUUUAAGAGAUUAAUAUGUUAAAAAAUAUAUAUAUAGACAUGACUCAUGAGUUAAAAAUGUUUUCAUGGAUGUUGUUUGGUAUCACUCUUUGCUUAAACACCACCUUAGAUGUGCUUAAAUUCCACUUUAUUUGUUUCUACAUGCAUCGUUGACCGUAACUUCAUCAUCCCUCUCUCGUAUCACUAACCUGUGCAUCUAAUUUCUAAGAAGCGUCAGUGUUGCAUGUAAAUGAGCUAGUUUUAGAGGGUGGUUACCAAUUCAGCAAAAAGGGAGGUUACGUCUUAACAGGCUUCAUUCCAACUCUUCAUGUUAUUAAAUUAAUUGUCUUCUCCAUGUAUACUCUAGAGAGUUGAGAAAUAGUAAGAAGAUAAGUAUAAAGCGUUUUUCACCCUUCCAUAUACGUGAAAGGAACCACCAUAUUUUAAAAACCAUUAUCAUCGUUGAACUGUUAUUUUUAUCCAAUAAAAAAAAAAGGAAAAGCAUCACCUGAAAAAUUUGUCUAAAUAAAUUAACAGACUUCCUGGUCUUGACGUCAAAUUAUUAAAAUAAAAAUCAAUUUCUGUUGGCGGUAAAAAGAAAAAAAAAAGGAAAAUAUAUAGUAUACCAGGUAAUAAAAAAA